AAUAAAAUAUUCAGAUUGAGAGAAAAAUAACAAUGCAAUCAAGAGUCAUUGAACAUGUGCCUAGAUGGCUUCAAAAUCAAUGUGUGUCAAAUGAUCCUAUCAACGUGGGAGGUGGAAAACCAGGUUCAUCGAUGGCGAAACAUGUGAUUGAAACAGGGCACAAAAUUGACAUUAAUACAGCUUUUAGAACGUUGUAUAGAAAUUGUCAAGGAUGGAUUCUCAAGUUUAUUGAAGCCUUGACUAUUCGUAAAUUUAUGUGUACAAAAACAAUUUUUCGUAACCUUCAAUUUACCUUGGUAAUCCUUAAGUCUAGGAUAAUGCGACAAUUUCUUAUUGUUUCUAUAUGAUGUAAACUUGUUUCUUUCCCCUUUGUUACUUUUCUACUUGAACUUUCAUUUAACUGACCUUUAUUAAUCUUCAUAUAAAAUGCCCUGACAAGUAUAUAUGUGACCAGAUUGUUCGAAAUGUAUAGCGCAAAUACAUCACAUCUUUCAGAUCAA